GCUGCUGCCAAUCAAGGAAUUGCAAUCCAAGAACCUCUAAAUCAGCACAUUCCGAACCAGUUUCCCAAUUUCGGAUUCAACCCGGCUAUCAAUCCGGGUUUGGUUCCGGGUUUGGUUCCGGGGCACAAUUUCAAUCCAGCCUUCGUCCAAGGCUUCAACUUCAAUCAGGGUUACUAUAUCAACCAACCCAACUAUCCCUUCGGCCCCUUACCCAUACGUAUUCCCUGGAAUCAUUUCAAUACUUUAAACUUUAAUCAAUUCGGGUUCAACCCGGCAACUCACGCCGCCUACGCUAUCCCCCUAAACACCUCCAACAUCCCACUCUUUAUCAAUAACCUCAUCCUCCUAGGAUACGUUCCUCUACACUUGAUCGCCUUGUUACCCGUCGCAGGUCAGCAGCUUCCUGAUUUUCAGUUGUUUCAUAACGAUCUCGACCUUGCCAACGAGGAUUGGCACUACAACGGGGGCUUGUUCGAGGAAGAAGAGAUCGCGCAAGAAGAAGAGCUUCAGGACUCCGAGGUAGACGUCGACAGCGAUAUCGACCUAGGCUACUACUUUGACGAACCUGGUCACGAAGAAAUUGUUCCUGAAGUGAUUCCUGAGGUCAUUCCUCAGGUUGUUCCUCAGGUUGUUUCUCGACACGGCGAAGAGGUUAGAGGUGGUCCCGACGAUCAGGUUUCAGCCACAGCUCGUGGUUCUACCGAAGAUUCCGACGAAGAAACAAAGGACAACGAAGAGGACGAGCCCGAUAAAGAUUGCGACCAAGACGAUUCUAAAAGCCAGGACGACUCCGACGAUCGAGACGAUAACAAUCAAGGAGCUGCCCCGUCAGCAAGUUCUGAUAGCGAACACUCUGACCACCAAGGUUCUGACGGUCAGACCUCCAACAAGAAGACUUCGGACGGUGAAAUCUCCGACCCCAAGACUCCUGACAACCCUGGAUCUUCUGGUACUGCCUCCAAAGAAGCUUCCGAGAUGGCUUCUCAGAAUCUGGCCAGCAUGGUAAUUCCGCCUAACCAGUGGCGAUACGCCCGCGCGUGCAUGGUCUGUUCCAUUAUCAUGACGCAAUCCCACUUCCGAGCCGACGGCUGUCCCAACUGUCCCUUCCUAGACCUCAAGGGAUCCCCCGAGGCCAUUGAGGCCUGCACCUCGAGCCAGUUCGAGGGCACUAUGUCGUGUUUCCAGCCGCGCCGUUCUUGGGUCGCGCGCUGGCAGCGCGUCGAUACCUUCGUCCCCGGUACUUACGCUAUCAAAGUAAAUGGUUCUCUGCCGGAGGAUAUCAAAGUUGCCAUGGAGGACCAGGGGAAUACGUACAUCCCCCGCGACGGAAGCGCGCUCGACAUCGACUAGACAGCGAAGGAGGGCGUUACCGGGCAGGGUGGGCGUGCUGCCAAGCAAUCUGCUCAGAACGGGGCCAUUGCACAGGCCAAAGGCAAGGGCAAGAACCAAAAAAAGAAUGCCCAGAGGAAGAAGAAGAAGCAGCUGCAGAAGAACAGUCGGAUGGGAAAGACCGCUGAGCAGCAUGGAAGCGACCAGCAGGGUCAGGGUCAGCAGGCUGAGCAGAACGCAGCUGAGAAGACGGAUGAGGUAAUGGUCGACAUUGGUUCUAGCAUUGCUUGAGAUACCAGACGUUUGCGUUUCGGUUUUCUGCACAGGUUUGAGUUCAUUCUCCCUGGCUUUGCAUUAGGAAAAGGUCGAUGGUGGUACACUGCCAUCGUCAUGGUUCGGUAUAAUCCGGUAUGGCAUCUUUCUACUUAUAGACCUGGCCUCCUUAUACAUACUACUACUCCCUAAGGGUUAUCUCCCCUAUAAUGAUUGUCAUCUUGGCCACGAGUGGUCAUUACUAUCGGAGUUAGUUAGGAGGUAGUUAGGUAAUUGCAUCGCGUUUGCAUUA